AUCAAAUACUUUGAAAUGAGUAUCAACGUGAAGAACAUUCAUAUCCUGGUGAUCAUGUUUGUCAUUGUGCAGGGAGUAGAAUCUAUAGAUAACUGUUCACAUUUGCUAUUAGAGACUAUCUACCAAAGUGAAAGAUGUUACUGGAAAAGUGGACGUCUCCUUAAUUUCACAGAAUCACAGAAAAUAUGUCAAUCUGAUGGAGGAAUAUUGGCAGAAAUUCCCGAUAGCAGCACAGAGGACGCAGUAAAACAAAAGUGGUUAGCUGUCAUCGGAAACUACUGGAUAGGGAUCCACGACAUGUAUGCGGAGAACGCAUUUGUAAACAUGUUAAAUGAAUCCAUUACCUACACGAAUUGGGAUUUCGAUCAGCCGAACAAUGUGAAUGAUAUCUACAAAAAUGCCGAUUGUGUAUUGGUGAGAAGUACUGGAUGGAUUGACACCAUGUGUGGCCUCGAAUAUGGAGCAGUGUGUUCCAAAGCGAUAAUGCCCAAGAUGGAGACAACAAAUGUACCAACAACAACAUCAGAGACAACGACAAUAGUAACAACAUCAACAGCCGUGCCAACAACACAACGAAUAUCUCUGGUGUCCAACAACGAAGCACAAAUGACCACAACAGUCCCACAAGCUCGAACAUCACUCGCUACAACAUCAAGUGUUGAAAUUACACCUACAGGUACGGCUUUAGAGUGUGUAUGUCUGUGUACCAGAAUGGACAAUGUCAUCAUCAUUGCGAACGAAACUCAGCUGAAAAUGAAGAUAGAAGCCAUGAAGAAGGCUCUUUUUGUGAACAAAACCCUGCUAUCUAGCUCGUUACGGCGGAGGAUUUCUGCCUCAGACUCACGAAUAUCCGCUGCCAUCAUUGGAACUACCUUAGGAGUAACAAUCAUUGUACUCGUCAUGGUUCUUAUCAUCGUAAGCGAUGCUCGUCAUUUGUACAACGAUUUCAAAAACGGGAUUUGUAGGUGUAGCUCUGACGAAUGAGGAAAAUUUAAAUACCCAAGGAAUGUCAAAAACACUUAUGACAAAAUGAAUGGGUUGAUAUAUAUGUUUGGCUUAGUUUGGUGGCAAUAAGUACAUAUAUAAAAUUCCUUAAAAGGGUGUGGGACUGUUUUAAACUGAGAACUCUACUCAUUGUACUAAUAAAAACUGUAACAUAGAUAAGUUUUCAGGAGUUCUGAAAAAUGUUUGUAGAAAGUGUCAUUGAUUUCAGGAUGUGGAUGAAAAUACUGCAAUGCACUCGACAAAGUUUAAAUGUCAAGUGAAGUCCAUAGCUGAUGUUUUUCAUAACUACGUAUAUAAUAGUUGUAAUGUUGCCGGUCUUAAAGUGUAUUUCAUUGUUUAACAUUUAAAAGUUUGUAUACUACCCGGUAAUAUUACCAAAAACUUAUUCUAACACACUGUGUAAGAAAUAAAAAAAGUAUUUUCAGGUUUGUUUUGGUGAGAGAGCAAAAUAUUGAGAAAUAAUCGAUCGGUCGUUUGGUGGACCUGUGUGACGAAGGGAAGCCUCAUUAUAUGCAGGGUAAGAGGGAUCGUGCUGGAAUUAAAACUCCAUAGAAAUUAAUUAUGGUCAUCAUAACGAUCUAAUUUACAAACACAAUAUGUCAUUAGGUAGAAUGCUGCCUGACUUGUUUCAUUUUAAUUGUUAAGCCUUUCUUUACACACUGAUUUUGUCUACGUAUUACUCCGUUUAUCUGAUUGAAGAUACAUGUAUAGGGCUUACAACGCCUGUGACUGGUCAAUGGGGGGUACUUGUUCUUCUAGGAGCCUGGUCCCACCUCUGGGAUCGUGUCCAGGGGGUCGGGUUCACCAUCCUCUUAAUCAUGUAUUUUUAUAGGAAUUACUGGGGGUAUGAAAUUAAAUGUUGUUGGUUAUGUUAGCUUUUUCGUCAUUUACAUAAAUUAUGAGUGUAAUUGUCUAUACUAAAUGAUACUUGUAAUAUAAACACUACAUACGUGGUAACCCUAUGAUUAUCAAUAGGUAUUUAACGAAGUUGUAUCAGCACUAAAUAAAAUGCUU